GCCCGCCUGGUGGGACGGUCUCAAACCUGACCGACCAAGAAAUGUGCGACCACGUCGAAAUGCUUGUCGAACAUCUUGAAGAUGAUGAUCUGAAAAAGCGGAUAAAAGCGGCCGAGGCCAUGUCUGCGUACAUUGCCGAUGAUACAUAUUUGCCAGAGAAGAUGCCGGUCCACCCGGCCCAGGUGUUGGCAACCUUGUUUCACAAAGCCAUCCCUGAUAGAUUAGCCUGCAUCAGUGCAGCCCGGUGCCUAAGUAUCAUGGGGAGAAAGGCCGCGCCCUACGCUUCUGGAGCACUAACGAAAGUCUUACAGAACAGUGGCAGCGACUUGAGAUACGAAGCCCUGGUGGCUUUAGGAUACUUGGGGCCAGGGGCAGCUCCGGAGGCUGCGGCGGCUGUGGCAGGACGGGCCAUGGACGACGAGGAUGCUCGGUUACGUCGCCAGGCGCUACAUACUUUGACCAUUUUUGGGCCAGAUGCUGCUCAUGUUUCGUCUGCAGCCAUCGCGAAGGCGUGCCACGAUGAGGAUACAGACGUGCAAGUCGCAGCGAUCAAGUGCAUGACUGCAAUGGGUUCGGACAUUGAUUGCAGUGUUGCUGGUCCCUCGCUAGUCAAAGUGUUGAACUCAGGAUCACAAGAGAUGAGGCGCUUUGCAAUGGAAACAGUUGCCGUGAUUGGUUCUGGACUCGCGAGCUACGUGAGUAAGCCAAUUGCGGAACACUUGCGUCCGCUUCCAGGGAGCGAUACGGAACUUCGCUUGCUGGCGGUCAUCGCUUUGGAAGCAUUGGGUCCAGAAGUAGUCUAUGAGCAGGAAGUGCUGAUUGCCAGAGCUGUGAAAGAUCCAGAAAUCGAGGUUGGGGAACGGGCAUUUCUGACGCUGCGAGACGCAGGAUGCGUAAAAGGCAUGAUGGGUUCUAUGAUGCUGGAGGAGCGCAUUUUCUCGCCAGAGGUUCUUGCAGCCUCGAAAUUGGCUGUUGAAGACAGCGAUUCUGGUUCGUCGGCAUCAUCUGAUUCGGAUUCAAGUGCCGAACUGGAAAGCUUCGGAAGUGAACAAGAAGAAGGUGAGGAGGAGGAUCCUGCUGAAGAUAGCCUCGGGCUGGCUGAAGCUUCACGCGAAUCACCCGACAUCGACGCCGAGGAGGCAGAGCGCCUCCGCAAGAGCCUUAUGCAGUGGUCCUGA